AGUUUCAGUUUCUGUUUCCGAUCUCAGCACAACCCCGGGCUGGCGACCAACACCAGGCAUUGGGGCUAACCACCCUCUGUGCCUCGGCAGGUGGUGCAGAUAAGAACUGGCAGGGCAGGGGUCAGGUGUAGUCUGUGUUACUCGUCUCCCCUUCAGAUGAUCAGAUCAGAUUCCAGAAGGGAGCUGCGACCCUACCAGUGGGAGGUGAUCAUGCCUGCCCUGGAGGGCAGGAAUAUCAUCAUAUGGCUGCCCACGGGGGCUGGGAAGACCCGGGCAGCUGCUUAUGUGGCCAAGAGGCAUCUAGAGACUGUGGACGGAGCCAAGGUGGUCGUACUGGUUAACAGGGUGCACCUGGUGACCCAGCAUUGCGAGGAGUUCAGCCGCAUGCUGGACAAACGCUGGGCCAUUACAACCCUGAGUGGGGACAUGGGGCCACGAGCUGGCUUUGGCCACCUGGCCCGGAGCCAUGACCUGCUCAUCUGCACAGCCGAGCUGCUACAGAUGGCACUGACCAGCCCCGAGGAGGAGGAGCACGUGGAGCUGAACGCCUUCUCCCUGCUUGUGGUGGAUGAGUGUCACCACACGCACAAAGACACCGUCUACAACAUCAUCCUGAGCCGGUAUCUACAGCACAAACUCCAGAGGACACGGCCCCUGCCCCAGGUGCUGGGUCUCACAGCCUCCCCAGGCACUGGUGGGGCGUCCACACUUGAUGGGGCGAUUGACCACAUCCUGCAGCUCUGUGCCAACCUGGACACGUGGCGCAUCAUGUCACCCCAGAACUACCGCCCCCAGCUGCAGGAGCACAGUCCUCAGCCCUGCAAACAGUACAACCUCUGCCACAGGCGCAGCCAGGACCCAUUUGGGGACAUGCUGAAGAAGCUCAUGGAGCGAAUCCACAACCGCCUGGAUAUGCCGGAGUUGAGCCGGGACUUCGGGACGCAGACUUACGAGCAGCAGGUGGUGGAGCUGAGCCAGGAUGCGGCCGAGGCCGGGCUCCAGCAGCGCCGGGUGUACGCGCUUCACCUGCGGCGCUACAACGAUGCGCUGCUCAUCCACCACACGGUCCGUGCUGUGGACGCACUGGCCUCGCUGCGGGAGUUCUACGACAGGGAGCGCGCCACUAAGACCCAGGUCCUGCAUGCCGAGCGCUGGCUGCUGGCACAGUUCAAUGACUACAAGAAUGAGCUGGCCGACCUGGCGACACGUAGCCCGGAGAACCCCAAACUGGAGAUGCUAGAACAGAUCCUGCAAGAGCAGUUCGGAAGCUCCGACGGCCGCCGGGGCAUCCUCUUCACCCAGACCCGCCAGAGCGCUCACUCUCUCCUGCUCUGGCUUCAGCAGCAGCCGGGCCUGCAGAUGCUGGACAUCAGGGCCGACCUGCUGAUUGGGGCUGGGAACAGCAGCCAGAACACCCAUAUGACCCAGAGAGACCAGCAAGAAGUGAUCCGGAAGUUCCGGGCUGGCAUCCUGAACCUCCUGGUGGCUACAAGCGUGGCGGAAGAGGGGCUAGACAUCCCCCAGUGCAAUGUGGUGGUGCGCUAUGGGCUCCUGACCAACGAGAUCUCCAUGGUCCAGGCCAGGGGCCGUGCCCGGGCUGGUCAGAGUGUGUACUCGUUUGUGGCGACCCAAGGCAGUCGGGAGCUGCGGCGGGAGCUGACCAACGAGGCGCUGGAGACUUUGAUGGAGCGGGCCGUGGCUGCCGUGCAGAAGAUGGAUGAGGCCGAGUACCAGGCCAAGAUCCGGGAUCUGCAGCGGGCAGCCCUGGUCAAGCGGGCCGCCCAGGCAGCCCAGCGGGAGAAUCAGCGGCAGCAGUUCCUGGCCGAGCAGGUGCAGCUUCUCUGCAUCAACUGCAUGGUGGCCGUGGGCCACGGGAGUGACCUGCGGAAGGUGGAGGGCGCCCACCACGUCAACGUGAACCCCAACUUCUCGAUCUACUACACUGUCUCCCGGGGGCCUGUGGUCAUCGACAGAACCUUCAAGGACUGGAAGCCUGGGGGUGCCAUUCACUGCAGGAACUGUGGGGAGGCCUGGGGUCUGCAGAUGAUCUACAAGUCAGUGAAGCUGCCAGCGCUCAAAGUUCGCAGCAUGCUUCUAGAGACACCCCGAGGGAGAGUCCAGGCCAAGAAGUGGUCCCGCGUGCCCUUCCUCGUGCCUGACUUUGACUACCUGCAACACUGUACCCAGAACCUGUCUGACUUCACCCUGGAUUGAGCCUCCUGUCCCUGCAGUGCCUGGCUCAGGCUGCAGGGGGCGGGAGAACCCGUUGCAGCUGCCGUCUUCCACGGGGCGAAGCCCGGGCCCGGGCCCCUCUUGUCUGAGUCACCAGGUCGGGGUGUUUUGCUGACCAGCCACAGACAACCCGGGCACCCAGGCUGGCUGAGACUCCCACGCCAAGGAAGCAACUGGAGAGCCACAGCUCAGCCUCAGUCUCCCUGCACACUCACAGAUACUCCAGUGCACUAGAUGGACGUGCGGGUUGGGGGGCAUUGGGAGGGAAACUGAGGCGGGAGGCUAGCCCCACUAAACUAGCAAUCACCACAACUUCCCUUGACCCCCUGACAUUCCUUCCCUGCCAAGGCCACUUCUAUUUUUGGAGGCUCCUCAUAAAUUGAAAAUAAAGAAGUAGAAAAUUGGUGUAGAAAA